CAAUGUCAGUAUUUUUCAGUGCAUUCACUUUUGAAAUUACCAUCAAGCAAGCAAAAAAGCACAAUUUCUACUCAUUAAAAUGUAUCUAAAAAUUAAUUAAAAUAGUUUGUACAUUUUAGGUCAACCAUAACAUCAGAAUUAUCUGAGGCAUCAACAUCCCAGUCAUCUAAUGUGCAAGCCAAGAGUGCAUCCCAACAGAUGUCCACCUCAGUGACUCCAUGCACCUCACUGACUCCAUCCACAAGUGGCUUCUACAAUACAUAUACCAAUAUCUAUGCACCUGUCAUUAUUGACAGCAGUUCUUCAGAUCUUGAAGAUGUAGAGAAAACACAAGAGAAAGACUGUGAUGGACAAGAUGGGCCUACAGCUGCAGACAUAGUAUCAAAUCUAGCACAUUGUCUUAACAGAAAGUCCUGUAACAGAUUUAACAUGAACAGGGCCAAUGUCUGGGAUGGUGCUGAUAGAGGUUUUAGGCGUUCCUCAUUUGACCCCACCUGCAGCAUGUUGGUGAAAUUCACUGACGACGUUGGGCUGAUGGAGGAGGCCCUGGAUACUGGGGGGCCUACUCGAGAGUUUUUAACCCUGUUGAUGGAUGCCAUCGAAACAAGGAGAGUUUUUGAAGGCAAAGACAAUGCAAAAUACCUCUCGUUUGACUGUCAAGCUGCAGAAGACAAUGAAUAUUUUCACAUUGGAAGAAUGAUUGCGGUGUCUAUUGUCCAUGGAGGUCCAGGGCUGUGUUGUCUUUCCCCAAACUUCUUCCUUUACCUCAUUGGUAAAGAAAAGAAAACAGAGGCAACAAUUGAGGACAUACCUGAUGAUGAAGUCAAGAAGGCCCUCCUUGAGACAUUGUGUCAGAUCGUGGCCCCCAGUUCACAUCCAGAGUAUGAUCCAGCUUCUUCCAACAACUUAAUAUCAAUGUCAGUCUCACCUCAGGUUACCACCCUCUAUCUAACGGACAGACUGAACGUCUUAAUCAAGAGAUCACCCGUUUCUCAGAUCGUAUUGUCAACAGAAUCAGAUGGACUGGAGUCGUUACCUUAUGUGGGCAGAGAGACAGAAGAUGCAGGUCGAUCGUCAUCGCCGUCCCAAUCCAGUAUAUACUCCAGGUCAAUGGGUCUGGCUCUCCACUAG